GCUACAUCCAUCCUCAUAAAGUCAGUCACCAUGAACGACAUCUUCGUCGCAGACCUCAUAUUCUAUUUGAUCCUUUUAAUCCCUGUCCACCUCGUCGCAUGGUGGCAUGGCUGGCCCGGGUUUCUCGCUUGGUACUAUGUGGUCAUAUUUUGCGUCGCCCGGGUGAUCGGAGGGGCUUUGGGAGUGCACGACAGCAGUAGCCUGGCAGCCAAUAUUAUCGUGGGCGUGGGUAUCUCGCCGCUGGUAUUGGCCGUUGACGGCUUGCUACACGAGGCUCGAACAUAUCGCCAUCCCGACCGAAACAAAGUCGUCGGCUGGUUAUUCAUUGGCUUGACAACUGUUUUAAUGGCAGUCGCCCUUGUUCUGGCUGUUACCGGGGCACUCGAUAUCUAUGAAGGACACCCAAAGUCAGACAGUCUGACGCACUACAAGACAGGCGUGGGGCUGAUGGUCUUGACCUGGGCAUUGGUGGCUCUUUGGGCCAGCUUCUCACUGCUUCCCUCUCAGAGUCGGAAAGAUGGGACCAACUACCAAGGCGGGACAACGCUCAUUCAAGGUGUCUUUCUCGCGUUGGUAUUUGUGGGAAUUCGCGUCAUCUACCAGCUCAUCGCGGUAUGCACCCAGCGAAAGGAUCUCAAUUCGAGUACCGGCUCCCUUGCUGUCAGAGUGGUGCUGGUGUUUCUCCCCGAGGCGUUAUCGGUGCUGUCAAUGCUCUUUGUGGGCUUUCAGACGAGGAAUAUUCGGAAGGACUCGAAACGGGUGGGAGGGGCGUAUCCAUUAUUGGAGUCAACGCCAACUGCAUAAUUGUGAAUGAACGUUAGCAUGCGGUCCAGGAGGGGGCUGGCACUGACCUAGGAGAUUUGUGGACUUAGAUAAUAGAGUGCGACAUAUCAUGCGCGUCAAAUGCAGAGACGUGUGCUAUGCAGAAGAA